GAUCGCAGCCUUAAAAUGGUGGCUAACAUGCUGCUAAUCGGAUAGAUUUUCAAUAAUAGUCUUGAAUUUCUCUGCAGUAUGUUUCCAUUCCAACAUCUGCCAACGAUGAACUUUGUAGUUGAUGAUAAUGAUAUUCCAGAAGACGAUGUCAUUCUUUAUUCGGUCCUGUACACGAGUGUCACAGUUGUUUUUGCUAUGGCAGUCCUGUCAAAAUUUCUGACAAAUGAAUUUCGAUUUGGAUUUCGUUCAGUUUUGAGUUUAGCAGUGCUUUUCCUUGGCGAACCGUUAUGUCAGUUUUUUGUGAAAGGGCCAUUUGGAGUUGGCUGUUUUGCUUUUGGAUGCUUGCUGAUCUAUUCCAUUCUGCCAGCCAGUCAUUUACCAGCAGUUGAUAAAGCUGUACUGAUCACAGGAUGUGACUCUGGGUUUGGUCUGGCCCUGGUGAAGAAGCUAGACAGUAUAGGUAUGAAAGUGUUUGCUGGAUGUCUUGAUAAAGAUGGUACUGGUGCUGCAGCCAUAAGGCACAAUUGUUCAAACAGAGUGCAUAUUUUACAGUUAGACGUAACUAAUGAGAAAGAAAUCUCAGCAGCUGUUGAAGUGGUAACUUUACAAGUAGGAGAUCAAGGACUCUGGGGCUUGGUGAACAAUGCAGGUAUCUGGUAUUUUUCUGAACUGGAGAUGAUGUCGGAACCAAUUAUCAAGAAGGUUAUUGACGUAAAUCUGUUCGGUGCUAUACGUAUGACCAAAUCCUUGUUGCCACUGAUACGUAAAGCCAAGGGAAGAAUAGUUAAUGUUUCCAGUGUUCUAGGUAGAAUCUCAAUGGAAGGAAAUGGUGCUUAUGGUAUAUCCAAACAUGGUCUGGUUGCAUUUUCUGAUACCCUUAGACAGGAAAUGAAGAAAUGGAAUGUUAAAGUCACCAUCAUAGAGCCAACAGGCUAUUCCACUAACAAUAAUCAAGGGCAGUCACUCCGUCUAAAGAGAGAAGAGAUAUGGGACAGCCUUGACGAAGAUGCAAGGAAAACAUACGGGAGGGAAUAUUUAGACGAGAUUUAUAAUAAUUUGUUUGACAUGUAUCAUCGCUACCCCGAUGAUUUGACGCCUGUGAUUCGUGCAAUGAGGAGUGGUUUACUUUCAAAACGCCCGAGAGAACGGUACCCGUGUGGUGCAGGUGCAGAUAUCAUUACAUAUAUUUAUUGUCUGGUUCCCGUAUGGUUAGCAGAUAAAGUGUCGUCAAGUUUUGGAUUGAUGUCAAAGACAGCUAAACCAGCUGAGUUCAAAGAGAACUGAGAGGAAUUCCAGCUGUGUUCGGAGAUACGCUGAGGAGAAGAGCAUUAGCACAGUGAAAAGUGGAUAAAACUAAUUAAACUAAGUCAGCUAUUUUGUUAGGCCAGGAUAAUGUUUAUAAAACGGAAUCUGUUUAUAUUUUAGGCUAGGGUAAUAGAUAAAAUUUGUCAGUGUAUAUGUUAGGCCAAGUUAAAGCAUAUAAAACUAAGUCACUUCAUGUGUUAGGCUAGGAUAAAGCACAAACCUUCAUUUAUUUGUAAGUCUGGAUAAAACAUAAAAAAAAACUGUUUCUAUAUUAGGUCUUGAUAUUUAGAAUUUGAUCAUUUUAUAUAUUAGGACACCUGUUAGUUCAGCAUAUAUCCUAUAACAUUUAGUAAGUUGAUCUAUUAGACUUUGGUCAAGAAUUUAGAAAUGAGUCAUUUUACAGGCUUCUGUGAAAUCAUUUAAUUUCUUGGGUAUAAAAUUUCAUGGUUUUACCCAAAACGGGUAUUUCAUUGAAGAAGACUUUGUGGAUUUCCACUUAUGAUACCAAUGUAAAAGAAUGGGAACUUUACUUCUUCAUUGGUAUUUAACUUUGUGGAUUGACACCACCACUUUAUCAAUGAAUAUUGAUGAUUUCACAAGUAUAACAUACAAAACCUGUCAUUUUUAUGAAGAGAGUGAUGAUAUUUGUAUAUAAAACUUUGUCAGUUUAUAGAUUAAACAAGGGGGAAAGUAUAUUAAGAAAACCACCAUUACCAUUUUAAUUCAGGUUGAAGUUCAUUAAACUAGUCAGUUUAGACUGUGCACCUUAGACCAGGAUAAUGGGAAAAAGUAAAAGGGUCUGCUAUGUAUCAUUUUAAAUACAGGCUGUUUGUUCGAAUUUGUAUCAUUACUAAUAGCUGCCUUUUGAAAGCUAUUAAUGAAUUUUAAGUUGCAUAGUAUUUAGUUUGUUCGAACUUAGUUUGAUGAUCCUUUACAUUCUGAUUUAUAAAAACUUCCUCGGCUGUGGAAAAAUUUGGAUUUGUCAAUGAAGCCUAUUUCAUGCUUUUUUCAUCUAAAAUGUAACAAAGCUAGAUACCAGUAACUGCUUUGUCUUUUUAUAUGCCCGCAUCUGAAAGAACGGGGCAUAUUAUGUAAACAACCGUGGCGGAUGGUCGGUGUCCAAAGCAAGUCCGCUCUCUAAGUCGAACAGUUUUCAUCUGAUCUUCACCAAACUUUGUGGGCAUAAUAUCUCGGCCAAGUUCGAUAACCACCAAAAUUGCCCCAGGCACUCUUGGAUUAUGGCCCUUGAAUUAGGCAAAGUUUGAUGACGGGCGUAUUUUGUGACAGUCUGGCACACUUGUUAUCUGUGAUAUUUGUCUUGUGUGUAGUUUGUUGACCAUGGCUUUCUAAUUGAGGAUGAGGCAUUAAAAAACUUUAUCCAUCAGUAUCACAUAAGAAGUAUCAGUUCUCCACAAAUCUGAUCUCUCUUUUUAUGAUGUUUAAGUUGUGUUUGUUGGAAUUAGUAGUUAGUGUUCUGUGCACAAUUGCCUGGUUACUAGAAUGUUAAAGCAAAACAGCUAGUUUAGACUAAUUUAUUUUAGGGUGCUUGUGAAACAAAUUCUACAACUUAUAUUUAUCACCCUUGAGACCUCAUUUCUGAUUGAAUCCAUCACCAUGAGGGUAUGAGGUGAAUUUCUGUCAAUGUUGAGCACCAAGCAAGUGAGCUAUUUGUAUAAUUUUUGGUGUCAUAGGUGAAACACGGUCAGGGAUCCAAAACCACAAACUCCUGAACCUGAAGAGAAUGCUGUACUGAGGCGGUUUAUAACAACUUUAUUUCAGUCAAAUUAAGGUCUGUCUCUUCAGAUUUUUGACCCUUGAUAAUCAAGUUAUUUUAAGUAAAAAGAACUUGUAAUUUUUCCACUUUAGGGUUUACUUUGUAAAUUGGAUGUUAUAUCAAUUUCAAUAUGGUGAUCUUAUUCAAAUGUUAUUAGGGGAUUUCCUCACAGCGUGUUGAAAAAAAUGGAUAUUUUGAAUAGAAGUGUAAGAAUCAGAUCCUUCUCAAAAAGCAACUUUUUUAAUCUGCUCCAAAUUUUUUGUAAUGUGGAAUUAACUAACAAGUUUUAGCCAGUGUUUCAAUCUAGGUAGCCGGUUAGACUUUUAGAACCAGAUGUCAGUUUUAUAUGGUUUACAGAACUGAAUCAGAUAAUUACUGAAAUGUUACAGCAAAGUAAAGCCAGUAAUUUCACAGUGUACAAAAUGUAUUUCUUAUUAUUCAUGUAAAAAAAAAUAUUGAGGAUAUUUUAACUGACACUGAACUGUAAAAUGAUUAAUUUUGGUUAAAAUAUUUUAACUGAAACAGCAAGGAAUCAAAAGAAUUUUUAUGUAAAAUCGAAGUAUAUAUGAUUGGUCAGCAGCAGAUUUUUCAUUUUCACUUUGGGCUAUGCCAUUUGUUAAAAUAUUGCCUUUGGUAUACACAUGGUGAAAGAUAUUUCUGUCUUACUCUGAAACAAACAGAUAUCACCUAUAUAUUCCAAGUAAGACAUACAGAAAAAUAUUGAUUUGUUUCAUGUUAAUAAGAUCACACUGAUUCCUUGUGUUCUUUUUGAAAUCUUACCCACCCCUUGUUUCAUCAAAGUGCAGUAUGUUGUGAAAAUUAUAAGGUGGAAAAUGUUCAUGCUGGGAGGGUGUCACAUUGUACCUUGCACAUAAUUAGUUUUAUUAGUUUCCCUUGAUUCUUCCAGGUUAUAAUUACAGGCAUCAGUCAAUCCCACAAUUCACCUGGAUAUAAAAAGAUUAAUGUGUCUGUGUCUGUAAUUGGCAGUACAGGUUAAUUCAGAAAUGCAUCUAUUUUUGUUACCGUAAUUUUCUUUUGACUGAUUUUAAUUUUUUGUAUAUAUUAUAUUAUCUUCUUCAAUAUGUACUCUAUCAAUUUCAGCUGUCAUAAUGCCCAUUUCAAACCUGUAAACAGGUUAAGGGCAUGACUGAUUUAAAAUUGGUAUUCAGGUAUGAGAACCAAGAACUGAAGUCAACUAUAAAUUAAAUAUCAUGAGAGAUUGGUUUGAUUUUCUGAAUUUUCAGUUCACUGCAUAGAAUAUUAUAUGAGUGAUACAAAUAAUUAUAUAAAUUCCAAAAUUCACAGCAAAAACAUUACAAACUAUUUGUAGAACUGGUUGAUUUGGACUUGAUUUAAAGUGGGUUUUUUUUUCAAAACAUUUCCAAUUUUACUUGAAUCUAACAUAUUAUUUAUGGUAUUUAUCGAGUGAAUGGGUUUUAGCAUACUUGGAGUGUCUAUUCUAAUAUCUAGGAAAUAUUUCAUACUUGAUAAAGCAUUAUAAUAAAUCUGGACACAUUAACACAUAUUGAUACUCGUCACCAAUGUCAUUACAGUGACACAGUAUACAUUUCCUUACAGAGUCUGAGAGUCAGUUCAGAUUUGAAAGUAUCACUGUACAGGUAAUGUAGGUGUUUGAGUACAUUACUGACGUUUAUUCUCAUGUAACAGCAGUAGAUUACAUAAUUUUAAUCAGUAAAUUACACAAUAGUAAGUACAGUUCUCACUACAGUGUGUUAUGAAGUCAUGAGAAAUUUGAUAUGUAAAAAUAAUUCUCUUACACUGGCAAUACUAAUGAAGUAGUUCAUUGUUUGUUUCAACAAGACAAACUUUUUUAAAUUUAAUAAGUGUUUGACAUUUUCUACUUUAUAAAGAGUAUAUAUAGAACUAAUAUACAUGUAAGCACAUGUAAAAUAUAUUUUUUAGUAUGCAUGUUAAUUUGUUAAAUGUAAAUAAUUUAUUUAUUGGAUGCAUAUGUGAGGACAUUGAGUUUGUAACUGACUGUACAACACAUUCAAAUUGAAACUUUAAAGGGCCCAUAACACUUUCUUUAUUUGAGCCGUGCCAUGAGAAAAUCAACAUAGUGGGUUUGCGACCAGCAUGGAUCCAGACCAGCCUGCGCAUCCGCGCAGUCUGGUCAGGAUCCAUGCUGUUCGCUAAUGGUUUCUCUAAUUGCAGUAGGCUUUAAAAGCGAACAGCAUGGAUCCUGACCAGACUGCGCGGAUGCGCAGGCUGGUCUGGAUCCAUGCUGGUCGCACACCCACUAUGUUGGUUUUCUCAUGGCACGGCUCAUUUCUUUUUUUUUGUAUGUGUGUGUAACUAAUGGAAUAGGCUUAAAAGAAAUUGCAACUAACUUGAUAUUGUCAAAUGCAUUACUAUCUGUACUGGGGACAACUAGAAUCCUUGUCAUACUACUAAAUGUGAAGGUACUUAUUCAGACAACAGGUAAAAGUGUUAGCAUAAAACCCUGCUGUUUUAUGUGCUUUGUAUGUAUUACAUCAGAAUCAAAAGUCCAGUCUUCUUGACUUGGUUAUUGCUGUACAUGUUUGCUAGAUGCCACAGUCUCUUGCUAUUUUUUAAAACAGAUUUAACUGAUUUAUAGUUCUUUUAUGUAAUGCACAUGUAUUUUCAUGUUAGUUUUAAAUGAGAAAAUACUGUUACUUUGUUAUUUAUAACACCAACUUUAACCACAAUUCCAUAAGAAAAUUAUCAGUGUUUUGACUGUAAGAAUGGUUUUGACUUUUUUUGUAAGAAGUCGUAUUAAUUUUAAUGAGUAUGUGUCUUUGAUAUUGCACAAUGUUGUUUUUUGUUUGUUUUGUGUCAUUUUUAUUCUUCUCCACACCAAUUUUUGUUGUGUUAUUGUAAGGAAAUUGUAAUUUGAUCUUCUGAAUUUUGCACACAAAAAAACUUAAAGUUUUUACUCUGACAGAUUUAUCUUUUACAUGCCAUAUAUGGCGACAGUUGUUCAAUACUUGAAAAUCAUUUAACUUUUACCAUGCUGGAUAGGAUUGAUGUUGCCUUUGCAACCAGUGUAGAUCAUGAUCAGCCUGCACAUCUGUGCAGUCUGAUCAUGAUCUUCACUGUUUGCUAUUCAACUAGUAUCUUUUUGGUAAGCACCCCUUUUAAUAGUUAAUGGCACUGUCCAAAUUGGAAGACAGACAAGUUCAUUAUAGAACUUUAGCUGGGUAAGGGUUAAUUUCAUGGGCGUAACAUUUCUUGGUUUAUUUCAUUGGGGCAUGAAUUAGUGGAUUUCCAAAUUUAAAAGAUGAAUUAGUCAUGAAUCUUACAUGAAUGUCCAACUUUAAUUUCAUAGAUUAAGGAAACCACAAAGUCCAUGAAAAUUAGUUCCCCAUAAAUAAAACUGAUUUUACAGUUUAUCAUACUGUAAUUAUUCUCAUCCAGGAUUGACAGAGAACUACCUUGGAACAGGUUAAACCUCUGGUUUGCAGUACAUACUUUCUUGCAUACCGCUGACAGGAGUUAUUUUUGCAAAUCAGAUGGGAAUUUCUGAUGUUUUCAUUGGUUCUGAAAAAGCUCAUCAUCUUACAGCACCCCUGGCUAUGAGUGAUAUGCUGUAAAUGAUGUCAUUAUGCACUGCAUUUAUUAAAAUGCAUGUAUUCAUACACUGCUGUAAGAAAAUUAUUUGUAGAAUAAAGUAAUUCAAAAAAUAAUCUGGGGAAAAGGGGCUAGGACUACCUAUUUCUAGGCUUAACUGUUUUGUCUGUGAGACUUUCAUUACAUAUUUAAACAGUUACCCAAGAGCCAGAUAUUCCUGUAUGCACCUCCAACCAGCAAAAUAUUCUUAUCAUAGAUUUAACAGGCUUGAGAAAAAAUAGAUUUGAAAGUUGUUAUUGAAAAGCAUGCAACUUAACCGUUAGCCUGCUGGCAGCAAGUGAUUCUGCCUUUGCGAUCAGUGGAGACCAAGAUCAGCCUGCAAUUCCUUGCAGUCCGAUCAUUGUCUGCACUGUUCACUAUUCAGUUAGUGAAUUUUCAGUGAACACCCCUUUGAAUGAUAAAUGGUAUUGCCCAAUUUGAAUGAUGGACCAGUCCAUUUUAGAAAUUUAGCAGGCUAAGAGUUAAAUUGUUUACAAAGCAGUGGUAUUUAGGGUAUCAAAAACAAUGUAUUUACAUCAUUUUAAAAAACCACUUUGUGAACAAUAAUUAGAAUAUCAUUUUAAUUGUUAAAGACUAUAUUUUACAAAUCUGUUUCAGAGCUUGACUAUGCUGUUGCUUUAUUUUUGGCUUUUCCAGUAAAAUCAUUUUGUACAAAACCAUCUGAUUCAAGCUAAUUGCUAUCAUCCAUUGCAUUACUGGUAAUUGUUUUGCCUCAAAAAUAUAUAUAAAGAAAUGUUUAUUUUAUCAUUUUUCAAUAUUUUGCCCAGACUUGUCCAUAUUGAAUGUUAUUUGCUAUUGGGCAUUAUUAUGUCUCCCACAACACAGUGGUGUCGGAGACAUAUUGAUUUACUCCCGUCUGUGUGUCCAUGUGUGUGUUCGUGUGUCUGUCUGUCUGUCACAAAUCUUGUCCGCGCUCUAAGUCGAAUAUUUCUCAUCAUAUCUUCACCAAACUUGAACAAAUGUGUUUGACCAUAAGACCUUGGCCAAGUUUGAUAACAAGCCAAAUCGGCCCAGGCACUUUGGAAUUAUGGCCCAUGAAUUACCGAAAAUCGGCCUUCUUUGUCCACGCUCUAAGUGGAACAGUUCUCAUCUGAUCUUUACCAAACUUGAACCAAAUGUUUUUUACCAUAAUUCCUCGGCCAAGUUCAUUAACUGGCCAAGUCGCCCCAGGCACGUUAUAAUUAUGGCUAUUUUUACUCUUCAAAGGUAUAUUUGUAGUGAGUAAACAGUAUAUAAAAUGUUUUUGACCAUAACUCCUCGGCCAAGUUCAUAAACUAGCCAAAUUGCCCCAGGCACAUCAGAAUUAUGGCCCUUGAAUUACCCAAAAUCAGCCUUUUUACUCUUCAAAGGUAUAUUUGUAGUGAGUAAACAGUAUAUAAAGUCUGACGUACUAUUUAGAUGAUUAGGCGGUUGUGGGAGACAUAGGCUUUUCUCAAAAGCAGCUCAAGUUUGUCUAGUUUUCUAGCAUUACUGUCCAUGAGGUAUUAUUCAGGAACUCAGAUUUUCUUGUAGUUAGGUUACCUUAUAUCACUGCCAAAUACUUUACAGGGAGAUGACGACACGGGUCAAGAUUGUUUUGCACCUAGAUUUAAGGCAAUGCACUUCGAAUGCCACUGCAUGUUUGUUUUUAAGGGUUUUCUGACUUUCAAAAUCACCAAACUUACUGUCAGUAACUAACAGCAACAGUGUGUCCAGCUGUUUUGAAUUUGGAGGCUGACAUAAUCUAGUGGACAAAAUCUCUCCUGCCAAAGUUGGCCAAGGCAAGCAAAAACAGCCCUGAACAAUCUCAAAAAUUUAAGAUGAAUAUGAUAGUUUUGUUAAAAUGAAAUACCAGUAACUAUAAACAUAUUUACUUGUAAUAUUUUAGUAGAAAAAUUAUUAUGAGUUCUAUAUAACAAAACUUGCUUAAAUCUUAAAAUUGUUUUACAUUUUCAACUGGGACUUCCUAUGAGAAAGACCUAGCUAUUAUUUUCCCAUGCUUUUCAAGUAAUGAGUUUAUUAAAUUGAUGAAAGAAGCAUUAAAUAUGUUAAUUAUUUGUAAGGGAAGAAUUCUGCAUUUUUUUAUGUGUUUUAAGGUGAUUGUGCAAAUUCAUCAAGAUGUCAUAUUUAAUGCAUCUCUAAGGCAACCACUGUGAAGACUGAUGUAUUUAUUGAACAGAAAUUGCUACUCUGGAGAGGUGAACUGAGUAAGAAAUUUCGGGAUACGAAAUGUCAGCCAUUGCACGGAGGUAUUGGUUCUUCCAGAGGUGCCAUGAUCACAGGUUACACUGUAAUGAAAACAGUAACUAGUUUAUCCCAUUAACAUGAUUCCAAAUACAUAAUUAUUUUCGUUUGAAUGAAACACAUGUUCAUAUCAUUUUCAUUUUCUCUGAUGUUAAGAACAAUGCAAAAGCUAUUUUUACUUCAUAAUGUUAUAUUAGAAAGAAAAUGUUAUAUUCUCAAACAUAUUUAUUGAAUAAUUCGUAUUCCUUAAUCAAUGCAUUUUAUUUAUUAUUAUAAUAAUUAUUAUUAUUAUUAAUAUUAUUAUAUAGGUAUAUUUUUGUUUUGUAUCAAAUGUUACCACCCAAUACUUUGUUAAGUGCAAUGCAAUUUUAAUAUUUGUACCCCCCUUCAAAGAAAGAGGGGUACUAGUAUAUUGUUUUGCAGAUGUCUGUCGGUCGGUUCAUAGACCAAUCGGUUUCGGGAUGAUAACUCAAGAAUGCUUGGGCUUAGGAUCAUGAAUGUUGAUGGGGAUGCUGGUCAUGACCAGCAGAUGAUUCCUAUUGAUUUUGAGGUCAGUAGGUCAAAGGUCAAGGUCACAUUGACCCAGAACAGUAGAAUUUUUUUUUACAACUAUUGAAGAUCAGUAUUCAAACUACCAGUGCACAGUGGCCAGAUAAUUUCUGUUCCUUAUGCAGUUACUGAAUGCAUCAAGGGGGUCAUUACUUGUUCUACAAGCUUUUGUUGAUCGUUUUCCUCGUUAAGACUGUAUACAGUGGAAUAGUUCAGCAACAACAUUAAAUGUCCUAUUUGAUUAGCUCAUACCUUUCUAAUUGUAUGUAGAUAUAGAUAUGUUUGUCCAAUGGACUUAUUAUGGCAGUGAUCAAUUUCAGUUUGAUUUCAUAUUAUGGAUCCACUGCAUUCUCUUAAUGUUAUUUCAGCACUUGGCUGCUUCUGAAAGCCAUGUGUUUUUAACAGCCACAGAAUGCUGAAAUAGCAUAUGAGAACUUGCAGUUGCACAGAAAUUGCCAAUUGGUGUUAUGGAUCCACUGCAUUAACCCUUAGCCUGCUGGCGGCAAGUGUUUCUGCCUUUGCGACCAGUGCAGACCAAGAUCAGCCUGCACAUCUGUGCAGGCUGAUCAUGGUCUGCACUGUUCGCUAUUCAGUCAGUAAAUUUUCAUUGAACACUUCUUUGAAUUAUAAAUGGUAUUGCCCAAACUGAAUGAUGGACCAGUCCAUUUUAGAAAUUUAGCAGGCUAAAGGUUAAAAAUGUAAAAUAUCACAGAACUCAAGAAGACAAUAGAUUGAUACAGUAAAACAGGUAUUGCUUAACUUCUCAUAAGGAUAAGCAAAAUGUUCAAGUUAUCUCGGGUUUUGCGUGAUCUAAACAUAGACAUUGUGAGAGAGAGAAAAAAAGUCAGGAAUGCAUGAACUGCCUCAGCAAGGUGUAUUUCAUCUAGUUAAGUUUACAUUUGUGGGAUGUACACAUAAGAAUGCUAUAAAAGUGUUUGAUUUGAUGGAGAAUUCAGUUGAGUGGAUUGCUCCAUGUAAAUAUGUGUGUUUUCAAACUUCAGAUAUAGUUUUACAGGUACUUUAUUUGCAUGCAUGUCCAGGGUGGCCAACCCACUCGACUUCUUAAUAUCGUACACACGAUUAAAUUUUUUUAUUACUUGACAGCUUUUACUAAGAUGAAAAGCGUCAAAAACAGUAAAAAGAGCGCUUUCCUUAGCACAAAGCAUCUACCAAAGAUUCCCAAUACAGUCUUUAAACACGUUCCACAUAUCCCUGUGUGCAUAUUACCUACACAUUUAGCCCAUGAAGAAAUACCAUUUGGGUGAAGUGUUUAAGAAAAUUAUUGAGAAAGUCUGGCAGACGUUACAUGUAGAGGAAAACACUCAUACCCCUGCCUGUGAUGCUUUUUAGAUCACCUGUCACAGUGACAAGGUGAGCUUUUGUGAUCACACUUUGUCCAUCGUAUAUGCGUCCGUCAACAAUUUCUUGUCUGCACGAUAGUGGUUUCAUUUAUGAUUUUAUUAGCUCGACUAUUUGAAGAAUAGGGGAGCUAUCCUACUCGCCCCGGCAUCGGCGUGAGUGUGAGCGUGAGUGUCACACAAAUGUUUGCGUACCACCCCAAAUAUUUUCAAAGUCCAUUGAGAUAUUGCUUUGAUAUUUUGCAUACCUGUUAACCAUCAUGACCCCAGUCUGUAAAAAGGAGGAGGCAACUCCAUCAAGCAUUUUGACUGAAUUAUGGCCCCUUUUCGUCUUAGAAUAUGCUUAUUGUAAUGUUAAAGUUUUACUCAUAGCUUAUAUUAUACUAUCAAGCACUGAGAAUAGUCAAGCGCGCUGUCCACUGACAGCUCUUGUUUUAACCAAACUUGCACACAACUUGUAUCACCAUAAGAUCUCGGUUCCUUUCUUGAACUAGCCAGAUCCCAUUAUUGGUUCCAGAGUUAUGGCCCCUGAAAGGGCCAAAAUUAGCUAUUUUGACCUUGUCUGCACAAUAGCAGCUUUAUUGAUAAUUUGAUUUUUACCAAACUUGCACACAACUGGUAUCACCAUAAGAUCUUGGUUCCUUUCUUGAACUGGCCAGAUUCCAUUAUGGGUUCCAGAGUGAUGGCCCCUGAAAGGGCCAGAAUUAGCUAUUUUAACCUUGUCUGCACACUAGCAGCUUCAUUAUGAUUUGAAUUUAAUCAAACUUGCACAAAACUUGUGUCACCAUAAUAUCUUGGCUCCUUUCUUGAACUGGCUAGAUCCCAUAAUGGGUUCCAGAGUUAUGGUCCCUGAAAGGGCCAAAAUUAGCUAUUUUGACCUUGUCUGCACAAUAGCAGCUUCAUUUAUGAUUUGAUUUUAACCAAACUUGCACACAACUUGUAUCACCACAAGAUCUUGAUUCCUUUCUUGAACUGGCCAGAUUCCAUCAUGGGUUCCAGAGUUAUGGCCCCUUAAAGGUCCAAAAUUUGCUAUUUUGGCUUUUGCAGCCAUAUAGAGACUUCAUUUAUGGUUUGAUUUGAUACAAACUUCCAAAAUAUUUUCAACAACAAUAAAUCUUGGAUUCCAUGACAAAUCUGUCAGAUCCAGUCGUAGGUUCCAGAGUUAUUUUAUAUCUUAUGACCUCCCCUGAUUGUAAUCAAAAUGGAUUUAUAUCAGUAAGUACUUAUAGGACUAAUUUGAAAUUUCAUUAUUGUCAUUAGUUGGACUGAGACAAUCAGGGUGGAUAACGACUGAUUUUAUGUGAAAUUACCUCCCUUUAUUUCAAAUUAAAGUGGGUAUAUCUCUGUAACUAAUGAAGAUACUGAUCUGAAAUUUCAUUUAUGUCAAUAGAUGGACUUGGACAAUCAGUGAAGAUACAUAUUGACUGAAUUUAUGACAAAUUACCUCCCUUUAUAUUUUAUCUAAAUGAAUACACCUUAGCAGCUUCUGAUGAGAUUGGUUUGAAACGUUAUUUAUGUCUUCCAUGGUAAGAAAUAGUCAUAGUAGAUACCUCUUGAUUGAACAUUUAUUGAUAUGAAUACUUUACUAAUAUAUUGUUGUAUAGGCUUAUACUCUGUAUCUUCUACAUGCAUAUACCAAUGCAUGAUUACCUCCCCUGAUUUUAAUAAAAAUGGAUUUAUUUCGGUAAAUAUUUAUAGAACUCAUUUGAAAUUUCAUUAUUGUCUUUAAUUGGUCUGAGGCAAUCAGGGUAGAUAGCUAUGGACUGAUUUUAUGUCAAAUCACCUCCCUUUGUUUCAAAUUAAAAUGGGUGUAACCAAUGAAGAUACUGAUUUGAAAUGUCAUUUGUGCCAUCAGAUGGACUUGGACAAUCAGGGUAGAUAACUUUUGACUGAAUUUAUGACAAAUUACCUCCCUUUAUUUUAUGUAAACAAAUAUAUCUCAGCAGCAUCUAAUGAGAUUAGUUUUAAAUGUUAUUUAAGUCUUCCAGGGUAAGGAAUAGUCAUGUUAGUACAAAAAUGCAGCAUUUGAGCCUAGGACCCUAAAACUUGGUAUGGAAAUUGGCCCUGACUAGGUCAAAAGGGAAUGUUACAAGAAAAUGUUUAUCCUGAUGAUAUUUAAUGUGUAUGCCUAUGUGCUCUAUGUCAAAACUUGAUCAUAUCAUUUUGAGCAAUGGUACUCAGGUGAGCGAUACAGGGCCAUCAUGGCCCGCUUGUUAUAUUAUUAAAAUCAGUCAAGUAAUAAGGAAGUAAUAAGCAAAAAUGUUACCUGGAUCAGGCAAUUUCCCUGUAUAAUCGGAAAUGUGGUGUGGGUUGGCCACCCUGGUGUCUGCAUUGUGGAAAUACAGUGUAGCUGAACUACAACAAGUCAGCCACUUUAAAAUAUAUAACAUAAUAAAUACACACCUACUUGUAGAUGGGAGAUUGAAUGUAGGAACACCUUUUAAAAUAGUCUUACAGUAGCUUGAAAAAAACAACUCAGUAUUUGUACCAAUGUUUAGUUAGUAAUUCAGCUUUAGUAGAGAGAGGUUGCAAAUUCAUGUUUGUGAGGGGAUGUGCGGUAAAGUCCUACACAUAGUAGUAAGGGUCCACAAAUAUUGUCUGAUAACUUUGAUAGAAUUGCUUACUACAGGUAAGUUUUCUUUUACAUGUAUAGGUAUAUAUAUAUGACUUUAUUUUGUGAACAGCUUGCCAUGUAGUGGAUUUGUGCAACUCUACUGCUUAUUGAUCUGUAUAUAUACAUGUGUGUAUAGGGUUUUACUAUGCACAUCUGAUGUUUUGUGUGAAUUCUCUUUGAGGUUAAAUCUGAUAGAAGAGUAGUUAAUCAUAGCAAGAUUUUCAGUUUGGAUCUAGCAGCUUAAGUCUCAGUUCAUUGGACUAUGUUUUAUUUGUUAUUGAAAUUUCAUGUUUUUUGCUUGUAUACUCACAACAGACUUCAAUCAAGUAAACUUUAAAAGUGCAUGAAGACUAUGUUAAUGCUUUCAUUGUUUUUAUUGUUGUAUUUUGUAGUCUGAAAAUAAAAAUAUUCUAUAAGAAAA